ACCCGCUGAUGACCCGGAUGCUGAAUUUCAUCAGCGCUGACGUGAAUAUGGAUCAGGAGUUGUUUUUAGCAUUGUGAGCUAAUCAAAGCUCGUUAUAGUAGCACAACCUGGUGCCCCAGUGUCGUGUGAGGUUUUAAUCCGCCCUCAGCUUGAACAUGUGUGAAGCACAGAGCAGCAAUCCUGGGAAAACCCCAAUACAAAUCCUGCAUGAAUAUGGCUUCAAAACAGGCAGCUUUCCUGUUUACGCGAUGGAGAGAACUGAAGGAGAGGUUCAUCAGCCCAGCUUCAUCUUCAGCGUGAAAGUUGGAGACGUAAGCUGCACAGGUCAAGGUCCCACUAAAAAGGCUGCUAAACACCAGGCUGCAGAGGCUGCCCUCAAUAUUCUGCAAGUAAAUGCUAAAACAGCGAGCGUUCCUGAGGAGGCGGAGAGUAACGGUGUUGCAGCAGAAACAUACAACCAUCCCAACUCAGUGGGGAAACUGCAGGAGCUAGCGUUGCAGAGAGGAUGGCGUCGUCCUGAAUACUCAGUUUCAUUGGAAGCUGGUCCACCACACAACAGGGAAUUCACUGUUUCUUGCUGUUUAGAGUCUCUGACAGAGAAAGCUACAGGAAAUUCAAAAAAGGCAGCAAAAAAGGCAGCUGCAGAGAAUAUGAUGACAAGGAUUCAAAGUCUGUCAGAUUCUUCUGAAAUCACAUGGAACCCUAAGCCAAGUAUUCCAUUUGAGAAUUUAAAAAACUCAUCAGCAGAGAAGAUAACUUCACUAAGAAGAAACCCGCUCAGCAUUCCCAACACCGACUACAUUCAGAUGAUGUUAGAGCUUUCUCAGGAGCAAGUCUUUGAAGUCACAUACUUGGAUAUUGAUGAGCUGACGGUGAACGGCCAGUACCAGUGUUUGGCCCAACUGUCCACGUCCCCAGUCACCGUGUGUCACGGCACAGGCAUGACCUGCAGCAACGCACACAACGAUGCAGCGCACAGCGCCCUCCAAUACUUGAAGAUCAUGGCCUCCGUUAAAUAGGCACCAGCACAAUUAGGACUCGCUUCGCCCAUUCUUGUCAGUGGGUCACAUGAGCUAAAGGUAUAGUUUUAUAAGUGUUUAUAAGUCACAAGCAGCUCAUCGGCCACAGUAUGACAAGAUACUGUUUUAACUUGCUUUAUGUAAAUGAAGCACUGUAAUGAACACACUUUGACCAUGGCUUUAUUUAUUUAUGAGUUGUAUCAUGUAGAGAGCUAGUAUAAGAUUGUAUACUUUUAUUUACUCCAAAGAACCUAUCUGCAGAGUUUAACUAAGGUCAGGUGAAGUUUAACAGGAACUUUACAGUUUCCACCUUUCUGUUUGUGUGCAGUAAUAAUCCCACUUUUGCUCUCUAAGUGACUGCAUGUUGUGUUCCAUGCCUGUGUGUUUAUACUUUCAAUACGUUAAGUCCCGGUGGGACAUGCCAGCAACAACAUGUAUCCAGAGUUUACCACAAACACUUAGCGCCAACUGCUGGUGUCUGUUAAUCUUUACAGAACAGAGAAUAUGGAAACCACAGAUUAAUGUGGUGCCUUAUUAAUUGCACAAAAUCGAAAUUUGUUUCUGCUUUUAAUGCCAAUAUUCUGUCAAAUGCUGUGGAAGGAUGGCUUUGAAUUUAGGGCCAAAAAUAUGAUAAUAUUAUAAUGUUGUGGUCUGUAUUUGUAGUGUGCUGUUGCCUGACGUGUUAGUUUUAUAAUCUUAAACAAUAAUCAAUAUCUUAUUUGCCAAUAACUGACAAAUAAACCAGUGCAGCUUCUAUGAUCGUAAAUUGCA